AUGGCCCCCGGAAAGAAGAAAUGGGUUUGUCAUAAACACAACGAUGAUCAUCGAGAUCAAUUCUCAAUAGAAACAACAUGCGUAUACAUGUCCAUUGAUUUAUUACACGAUUGUUUUAUAACAUCUUUAUUUUCAAGAAAUCGAGAUAAGAUAAACUUGUCAAUAAACGUUGUGAAGUAUGAGCCUGAACCACAGAUCAAAAGAAUGUCGGUAGCAACGGAUGGCGAAACCAACGUUCACCAUCGUCAUGAAAACAUUCAGUACAAAAAGCCGUAUUUUGCAGUUCUCUUAGCAGCCUUCUCCUCAUUAGGUGGAUGGUUUUUCGGGUAUGAUCAGGGUGUAACUGGUGGCAUUGUCGUUAUGCCUUCGUUCAAAGAAGAUUUUUGUAUUGAUGUGUAUGCAAAUAAAACUGUUUGUGAUCUCCCUGUUGCUGCUCUACCAUCGGAAUAUCGACGAUUUCUAGUGCUUUUCACAUUGUUAUAUAAUGUGGGAUGUUUUCUUGGUGCUGUCUUUAUUUCAUCGUUUGUCGCUGAAAGAUUCGGGCGGCGAGCGAUUAUUUUCACGGCGUCGAUUCUAUUUCUUUCUGGAACGUCGAUGGUUAUAUUUCCACCGGGUAAAUCCAAGUCAAUUAUGAUCUUAAUUCUUAUUGGUCGCGUCGUCGAAGGGACAGGUGUAGGUUGUUCUUCGUUUUCUUGUCCGUUGUACGCUUCGGAAAUCGCUCCGACGAACAUUCGUGGCAUGCUCUCCGGUUUUAUGCAAAUGACCGUCGUUCUUGGUUUGUUCGUUGCGAACGUUGUCAAUCUUUUCUUAAAGGAUCAUCCAUUAGGCUGGCGAUUAUCCAAUGGAAUUAUUUUAAUCGCACCGAUUGCAAUUAUGAUCGGAAUAUUCUUCUGUCCGGAAACGCCUCGGUGGUUAUUCAAGAGAAAAGGUCGCGAAGCAGCAGAGAAAAGCUUGAAACGUAUCCGAAGAACUGACGACGUCAGCGCAGAAUUAGAGGCGAUCGAUGACGCAAUUAAAGACGAAGGCGUUCAGGUAUCGAUCAAGGAAUUAUUCACUACGAAGAAAAUGCUGGAAAGACUUGGAAUCGGAGUUGGAAUUCAUAUCCUCCAACAAGCAACUGGAAUUAAUCCGAUAUUUACGUUCGGUGGAAUCAUUUACGAAAGUAUUCUUGGUCAAGGUAUUAUUUCUUUAUUAGUUUUAUCCGGGGUGAAUUUACUAAGUACAAUACCUGCUCUGUUUCUAUUCGAUCGACUUGGCCGGCGCAAACUUUUAAUUUUUUGUGGUUUAGCGAUGGUUAUCGGCCAUCUUAUCGCAGCAACUAUAUUUGUUACAGGUUGUAAAGUGACGAAGAACAUUGUUGAUGGAACAACAGUGACUGAAGAGGUCGUGGAGUGCGGUCGAAGUUCAGGUAUUAUUAUGUUAGUAGCCACGGCGAUCUUUGUUUCAUUCUUCGCACUCUCUUGGGGUCCAAUUGCUUGGAUAUAUGCCGCAGAAAUUUUUCCACUCAAUGUUCGUGCUCGUGCAGUUUCGAUUACAACAGGGAGCAACUGGUUUAUGGGUACAAUUAUGUCAUAUAUCUUAGAAUUGAUUACACCGUUGGGAAUUCACGGUGUGUUUUAUCUCUUCAGUAGCUUGACAUUAUUAGCGGUGAUAUUUGUUUAUUUCUUCUGUCCUGAGACCCGAGGUGUUAUUUUAGAAGAUAUCGAUGAUCAAUUUGAGAAUUUUCAAUUGAAAAAUCGAACGAUAGUAAAGUUGUGUCGACGACCGUGCCAAGGACGUCAACCAAGAUCAGUUAAAGUAAAUGUUAUCACUGUGACCGACGAUGAUAACCGAUAUUAA